AUGACAGACCUCAACCAUAUCUGGUCGGAGUAUUUAGACAGAAAAGCCGUUCUCAAACGAGCUGAUGAAGAUGAAACCCCAAUCGACCCAAGUGAAGAUCUUCAGCAAUUUGAUGUCCUCUUGUCGAAGAUCGAAGAGGGUUUGCAAAAUGAACCUGGAAGCCAAGUAUCGAUCAGCACCAAAACACGAGACACCGCUGAUAGUUUGGAGCUCACUGUGACGUCGAAACUGCCUUCACCUCUUGAGCCUCUCAAGUGGAAGCUGCAUCUGGCCAAGGAGCCACAGUCUUCAACCACGAGCCAUUUGCUGCUCCCCUUCAUCAACGCCGAGACGGAUCAGGAAGCGCGCCAGCAGUUCCUGAUUGAGGAGCUACACAAAAAGGACUGGGUGCUAGCAAAACUCUUUGAUAAGCUUGAGGGGUUGGGCAUUGACUUGACUACAAUUUUCCCGGGUACAUCUGGACUCCGUGGCCGCAAAGGCCUGACGCUCACACAGGCGGCGAAGUAUAUCAGGGGUCUUGCACCAUUUGAUGAAGAGUCGUGGCGUGAAGAGGUCUCCACAUCGUCUCCAAUAUCUCGAGAAUCUGCCAACAUCGUUGCGGAGCUGUCAGUUGGGUCCCCGAGAGCAGACUCGCUAAAACCUGCCCCAGAUGCAUGGUGGAAAACACUUAGAGCAUCCGACACAUCUACAUCUCUAGAUGCCAAAAUGAAACAAGCAACUAAAUCAUCAACAGACUCCUUGGAAACAGAGACCGACGCCGGGUCCGAGACGGGAAAUGAUGAAUUCGAGGUACGUAUCAAAGCACACUACUUCCACGCCAAGUCUCAUUUCUUCCAGCGACAAGAAACACCACCUAGGUUCAAAAAGCCCAGUGGACCGCAAAAGUCUCCUUCCACAAGAAAUGGGGAAGAUGAAGAAACGCAAUCAGAGAAUGGAGAGGUAGUCUCUCCAAAGAGGAGAAAAGAAGCGAAGCACAAGGCCGAGGACUCACCUCCAGCAAUUCGCCCCAAAGCGGCCCCGUCAGUGAAAUUGAAAGGCAUGGGUACAAUUGGUGGCAAGAAGCAGAUACGACAGAAAUCGCCAUCACCGUCGGCGGCUCCUACACCAUCACCAUCACCCUCACCAGCACCCUCACGAACCCAGAGCACCCCCUCCCCUCCACGUCAUCGUAAGCAUGAAUCCUCGGAAGGUCUCACAGAUUAUGAAACCGAUUCAGGAGACACAGACGCGGACCCAGAACCGCGUCACACUCCACUGAAAGCGAACACCAGGAACAGUAGCGAACCGGCCCCCAAGCCAUCCCGCAAAUUAGGACUAGGUGUUAUUGGGGGCAAGAAGAAGAAACAGCCGACGCCGACGCCAGAGACAGAGCCAGGAUCAGAAGAAAACGGCAACCUAUCCAAAUUGCAAUCUCAUUCUCCAGAUUCUCAACCACCUCCGAAGAAAAAGAAGCCUCUAGGCAGGAUUGGUGCCAUUGGCGGAUUGAAACCCAAGGCUAAACCCCUUCAGGACAGCAGCUCUCAGUGGCCAACAUCCUCACGGACUGAGGUUGGCUCCCCUCCGGCUAAAACGAAGGAAGAUCUAGACGACACCGAGGACGAGGCAGAGAAGAAAGAAGAAACCCGUUCUCAACCUUCACCUCCUAAGAAAAAGAACGCAAUGAAGCGGGAGACCCCUAUGGAGCCGGCACGCGAGGAGACGGAGGAAGAAAAAGCGAAUAGGAAGCGGGAGGAGUUGAAGAGGCAGCUUGAGGCAAAGAGUAAGGCUCCUGCGAAGAAGAAGCGGAGGUUUUAG